AUGGCUGCAGCAGCAGCUGGCGAUCUACGUCUUGUUUUCAAAUUUACUGUAGCGGGAAACACACGAGUUGAUUUGAGAAAUGGGGUUUUUGGCACCCCAUUUUUGAAUCGAGGGCUUUGUUGUAACAGAGAGAAUUGGAAGGGAACUAUUGGGGAUGGGGUUAAGGUUUGUGCAGCUGUGCAAGUGGGUUUGGAGGAAGGAUCAAAGAGCAAGGUUUAUCCAAGCUGUUUGGAGGGGAAUUUUGGGUUGGAUGUGGUUUCAGAAGGGUAUUUGAGAGAGAAAGGGUUUAUGGGGUUAAGGAAGACAAAGCUCGUGUGCACAAUUGGUCCCGCAUGCUGCUCACUGGAGGAUUUAGAGAAUUUGGCAUUGGGAGGAAUGAACGUUGCCAGGCUCAACAUGUGCCAUGGCACUAGGGAGUGGCACCGUGAUGUCAUUAGAAAGAUUAACAAGUUGAAUGAGGAAAAAUGUUUCUCUGUUUCUGUAAUGAUUGAUACUGAGGGUAGUCAGAUUCAUCUUGUUGAUCAUGGGGCUCCUUCAUCUGCUAAAGUAGAGGAAGAUUCAAUUUGGCGCUUUACUGCCGAACGUUUUGAGGGAUCUCGUCCAUUUACCGUUCAAGCAAACUAUAAAGGUUUUUCUGAAGGUAUUGAAGUGGGUGAUGAAGUAGUUAUUGAUGGUGGAAUGGCAAGCUUUGUAGUCGUUGAAAAGACUGAAAAUGACUUGCAUUGUAAGUGCAUAGAUCCUGGCCUUUUCCUUCCUGGAGCCAAAUUUAGUUUCUGGAGAGAUGGAAAGAUUGUGGGGAGGGAUUACAAGCUUCCCACUCUAUCGACAAAGGAUUGGGCAGAUAUUGAUUUUGGUAUAUCUGAGGGAGUUGACUUUUUUGCCUUAUCCUUUGUCAAUCGUGCUGAUUCUGUUGAGCAUCUAAAGAAGUACCUCUCUACCAAAUCAACCAAAUCCAUAAAAGUAUUGGCAAAGAUAGAGAGCUUGGAAUCUCUUCAUAAUCUGGAAGAAAUAGUGCAAGCUUCUGAUGGAAUCAUGGUGGCUCGUGGUGACCUUGGAGUCGAAAUACCACUUGAACAGAUUCCUGCAGUCCAAGAGGAAAUAAUUUACAUUUGCAGACAACUUAACAAGCCAGUGAUUGUAGCUUCUCAGCUUCUUGAGUCAAUGAUUGAAUAUCCAACACCAACACGUGCUGAGGUAGCAGAUGUUUCUGAAGCAGUUCGACAGUAUGCUGAUUCUUUGAUGUUGUCUGGUGAGUCAGCUAUUGGAUCCUACGGACAAAAAGCUCUGGCAGUACUUGAUAUGACUAGCAGUAGAAUGGAAUCGUGGGCUCGUGUGGAAAACAGACAAAGUCUUCUCAAUCACCAUCAACUUGGAGUAUCAUUACCUGAUCGCACCACUGAGCAGAUAUGCAGUUGUGCUGUUGAAAUGGCCAACAACCUUGGCGUGGAUGCCAUCUUUGUAUACACAAAGCAUGGACACAUGGCAUCACUCCUAUCACGCAACCGUCCAAAUUCUCCCAUAUUUGCUUUCACCAAUGAUGAAAGUACACGUAUGGCUCUGAAUUUGCAAUGGGGUGUUGUAGCCGUCCAUGUUGAUUUGUCAGAUGAUGCAGAAUCUAACAUAUCAAAAUCCAUUGGAUUUAUGAAAUCUAAAGGAUUGAUCACCCAAGGAGAUGAUGUUUUAGUGGUAUCAGAUGUUCCCCCAACACGAGCAACCCCGAUGGCUUUCCAGUCAAUUCAGGUAAAGACCAUUAUCUAGAAUUCAAAGCAGCAAAUAUCACCUAUGC